ACUGUGGCCUGAUAUAACACAAGCCAACAUGUGCACGUCUAUCUCUUUCUUUCCCUCCAUACAGCCCGGAAAUGAGGUUGUUGAACGGUCUCCCGGGUAUGGCCUGCUUUGGACUUGCAUUAGCGAUUGAAACCCAAUCCAUUCUGGAUGUUUCUAAGCUGUCUUUCGCUCAGAACACGUCCGUAGUGCAGAGUCUUUAUCUUUCUUCGCUCAGUUCUACGGACUACACCGCGUUGCAUCAUCCGCGAUUUCCCUCCCACCAAGUCCGCAUCAAGAAGACGGAUUUCUGUGAUCCAACUGUGAAUGUUUACACAGGAUAUCUAGACGUUGACCAAGGCGCAAAACAUCUUUUCUUCUACUUUUUCGAAAGUCGCAGAAACCCUGAGAAAGAUGAUGUUAUGAUGUGGAUUAAUGGUGGUCCUGGGUGUUCGUCCGCUAUGGGAUUACUCAUGGAGCUAGGUCCAUGCAGUAUCGACAUGAACAACUCAUCUACCAACGGAACCCUUUGGAAUCCUCACUCGUGGAAUUCUGAAGCAAACAUCUUCUUCCUAGAUCAACCAGUUGGCGUUGGAUUCUCUUAUGCCGACUACGGUGAGACUGUUGAAACGACGGAAGACGCCGCGAGAAACAUCCAUGCAUUUGUCACUAUCUUCUUCGACAUGUUCUCGAGCUUCUCCGGGCGACCAUUCCACCUCUCCGGAGAAUCCUACGGUGGGAGGUAUCUGCCCUCCUUUGCAAGCUAUAUCUAUGACCAGAAUGCCCUCGCACAAGCUCGGGGUCAAUCCACGCUCAAUUUGCAAAGUGUCCUCAUUGGUAACGGUAUUACGGAUAUUUCCACGCUUUACUCCGGUCGCUAUGAGAUAGAAUGCGGAACUGCGGCACUCGAGGUACCCUUUCAGCAUAUCAGCACUUGUGUUCGCAUGAAGAUCGCGCUUCCUCGUUGCUUGAAUGCCAUGCAGCGUAACUGUGUAGAUCAUUUUGAUUCAAUUGAUUGUCGGGCCGCUGUGAACUUCUGUGAUAGCGAGCUGAGCACUGGAUACUGGGCAAGUGGUCGAAAUGUCUACGAUAUCUCGAAGCCGUGUAUUGGUGACUUAUGUUACCUGGAGAAUUCGGUCAUCUCUGCCUAUCUCAACAACCUGGACACACGACAAUUACUAGGGGUAGAGAGUCCGAACAAUUUCUCUGCCUGCAGCUCCGAAGUGGGCCGGAAUUUCAACGCUCACAUGGACAAGUAUGCGGUACCCGCCCAAUUUUACGUGGCUGGACUGCUCGAAAGGGGUAUUCGGGUAUUGAUCUAUGCUGGCACAUAUGAUUGGCAAUGCAAUUGGGUUGCCAAUAAGCUUUGGGUAGACAAACUAGAUUGGACGGGGAAGAGUCAAUACAAUGUGGCGGAAUGGCGAGACUGGACCGUGCACGGUACCAAAGCUGGGGAAACCAAGAAGUCGGGAGUCUUGACAUUCGCAACGAUCCGAGGCGCAGGUCAUAUGGGUAACAUUGUUCUGUCUCUUUAUCACUGUCGGAGGCUGAUGGAUAAACGUCAGUGCCACACGAUAAACCAGCUGAAUCGUUUGCUAUGGUGUCAAGGUGGUUAGCGCAAGAAGAUCUAUAAGGUAGUCUCGUUUAGGCGGUGUUCUCACUGUCAGAAUCGUAGACGGGAUGUUCGAAUCAUCAUAAUAAAUAACGCGAUCCUUGUACGCAUUUCUGUCAAGUUCCCUUGGCGUCCCGCUGGGCGGGGUCAGUGUUGGCAUCCUUAGGAUUCCGCUUGAACUCUGAUUGGUGGCAUUUUGUGAUAUAUGUUCGAAAUCCUAUUGGCUUUCCUGGGCGUGUGCUUUU